ACUUGACCUUAUUGCUUUUAGCCUGCUGGCUUUAUAUCUAUUUAUUUAUUUUAUUUCAGUUUGUCCCCAAGGAGGGGCUGGAAGGAAAUGAAUUUUGAAGCAGCACCUUUCACCACCUUGCCGUACUACCCUGAUCCCUGCAUCCAGCGGUUUGUAGAAACUCCGAGCCCCUUCUCCUGGAAGGAGAGUUACUACCGAUCAGCCAUGUCCCAAAGCUCUCAGCCCAGGGAAUUCCUCAGCCCAGAGGUCAUCCAGCAUAUCUGGGACUUCCUGGAACAGCCAAUAUGCUCAGUUCAGCCAAUUGAUUUAAACUUCAUUGAUGGCCCAUCUGAAGAUGGCUCCACAAACAAAAUUGAGAUCAGCAUGGAUUGUGUCCGGGUGCAGGACACCGAGCUCAAUGACCCGAUGUGGCCACAGUACACGAACCUGGGGCUCCUGAACAGCAUGGACCAGCAGAUCCAGAAUGGCUCUUCCUCCACCAGCCCUUACAACACGGAGCACGCGCAGAACAGCGUCACGGCCCCCUCGCCCUACGCCCAGCCCAGCUCGACUUUUGACGCCCUCUCUCCCUCCCCAGCCAUCCCUUCCAACACAGACUACCCAGGACCUCACAGCUUCGAUGUAUCAUUUCAACAGUCCAGCACAGCAAAAUCAGCAACAUGGACGUAUUCUACCGAGCUGAAAAAGCUGUACUGCCAGAUCGCCAAGACAUGUCCCAUCCAGAUCAAAGUGAUGACCCCACCGCCUCAGGGAGCUGUCAUCAGGGCUAUGCCAGUCUACAAGAAAGCUGAACACGUCACUGAAGUGGUGAAACGCUGCCCGAACCACGAGCUGAGCCGGGAGUUCAACGAGGGACAGAUUGCACCUCCCAGCCACCUGAUCAGAGUGGAAGGGAACAGCCAUGCCCAGUAUGUAGAAGACCCCAUCACUGGGAGGCAGAGUGUGCUGGUCCCCUAUGAGCCACCCCAGGUCGGUACCGAGUUCACCACAGUCUUGUACAACUUCAUGUGCAACAGCAGCUGCGUUGGAGGGAUGAACCGCCGCCCGAUCCUUAUCAUUGUGACCCUGGAAACCAGAGAUGGGCAAGUGCUGGGCCGCCGAUGUUUCGAAGCCCGUAUUUGUGCUUGCCCAGGCAGAGACCGCAAGGCAGACGAGGACAGCAUCCGCAAGCAGCAAGUGUCUGACAGCACAAAGAAUGGUGAUGGUACGAAGCGCCCUUUUCGGCAAGGAACUCAUGGCAUUCAGAUGACAUCUAUCAAAAAAAGACGCUCCCCAGAUGACGAGCUCUUGUACUUGCCAGUGAGGGGACGGGAGACGUACGAAAUGCUGCUGAAGAUCAAAGAGUCCCUGGAGCUGAUGCAGUUCCUUCCCCAGCACACGAUCGAGACCUACCGGCAGCAGCAGCAGCAGCAGCACCAGCACUUGCUCCAGAAGCAGACCUCCAUGCAGUCGCAGUCCUCCUAUGGCUCCAACUCUCCACCACUCAGCAAAAUGAACAGCAUGAACAAGCUGCCCUCGGUCAGCCAGCUCAUCAACCCCCAGCAGCGCAACGCCCUGACCCCAACCACCAUCCCCGACAGCAUGGGAACCAACAUUCCCAUGAUGGGCACCCACAUGGCCAUGACCGGUGACAUGAAUGGCCUCAGCCCCACGCAGGCGCUGCCUCCUCCCCUCUCCAUGCCUUCAACGUCCCACUGCACCCCCCCUCCUCCAUACCCCUCAGACUGCAGCAUCGUCAGCUUCUUAGCGAGGUUGGGCUGCUCAUCCUGUGUGGAUUAUUUCACGACCCAGGGGCUGACCACCAUCUAUCAGAUUGAGCAUUACUCCAUGGAUGAUCUGGUGAGCCUCAAGAUCCCGGAGCAGUUCCGCCAUGCCAUCUGGAAGGGCAUCCUGGACCACCGGCAGCUCCAUGACUUCUCCUCCCCUCCCCACCUGCUGCGCACCCCCAGCGGCGCCUCCACGGUGAGCGUGGGCUCGAGCGAGACGCGCGGGGAGCGGGUCAUCGACGCCGUGCGCUUCACGCUGCGCCAGACCAUCUCCUUCCCGCCCCGCGACGAGUGGAAUGACUUCAACUUCGACAUGGAUGCCCGGCGCAACAAACAGCAACGCAUCAAAGAGGAGGGGGAGUGAGAGCCGCGGGCCCCCCUCCACCCCGCCCCAGCCACGAACUGCUCAGCCCUUCAUUUGUCUUCCUUCUGCUUGGUACUGCACCCCGGACGGAGCGUGGAGAGAACCUUCCUGCUCACUCCUGCUAGGUCAUGCCCUGGGUGCUGUCCAGGUCGUGCUCCUGGACUGCAGCCUCCACCCCAGCUCUUGCAAGGGGAAGAGCUGAGCAAAGGGGGAAGGUGGGUGGUAUUUCUUUGACUACCAUUGACCUUCUUGAGAAGGCCAACUUGUUUUGUGUUUUCCUUUGGGGAGAGGGCUUCUUUUCUUGACUUUUGAAUCCUCACACACCUUAUGGGUGCCCUGACCUGAAAUGUGUUUCUCUCGCCCAGCUCUCCCACUUUGUAAAGCCGGAAGGUUGAAAUAAAAUUCUAAAAAGCCCCCAAAAACCCCAAAACUCUGGGGGAAAAAAAAAACAACCCAAGUAUCCAGACACACUGCAACAGCAAAACUAAAUAUAAAAAACACAAAACAACACAACUUUGAACUGACAGUUUAUCUGAAAAGUAAAUGGGAAUCGGUCUGCCGAACGCUGCACUUAAACAGCCUCUUCCCAUGGAGCUGAGUGCUCUGUUCAUGAGUAAUAUUCUCCAGCGGAGACAGCACAUGCACUUUGCUGGGCAGGCCGCACUUCAGCACCUGCAUCCAUCUUCCUUUUGCCUCGCCUUCUCUGGAAAAGCCAAGCCAGCUGUCUCUCCUUGUUUUGGGUAUACAUUCAUAUGUAUGUCCUGGUUGGCAUCCUUCAGGCUUGGAAGUGUAAAUAAAGGUGCAGGUUACCCUUGAAUUCUGUCCCCACCUGACCUUUAACCCUGCCGUGAUACCACUGACAUUUAAACUACAGAAUUAGGCUUUGCCAAGCAUUCAGCCUGGCUAGUUUAGCAUAAGGAUUUGCCCACCUAGCCUCAGUUAAAUGGAAGAGUGAGAGCUGCACACUGGUUUGUAGGACUUCAGCUAUCCUAAACUCAGAAAACCUUUUGUUUGGACCUUGCUAGAUUACUUGGGAGGAAGCCAGGCUUGUCUUUAGAUAUAUCUGUAAUGGGUCGGAACCUGUUGUGUUUGUUGCUAUAGGUUGAGUGACAUGGAACUAGAAGAAAAACCAUAAGCUGCCUUAAAACAAAGAGCAUUUCUGGGAACUAUGAGUGUUGUUACCGCAGUAAGCCAUGUUUACAUGAGAAAUUGAUUUUUCUGUUUCUUUUUUUUUUACUCAUUCUACCAUAGUUGUGCUCUGAGGCAUUUCCUCUGACUGCCAGUGCUCCUGUGGACAAAUAACUGAACAAUGUGUGUUUUCACAUUUAUAUUAGCCAAAGUACUGAGUGAGACUCUAAGGUAUACGACUUAAGCUGAGGAGCAAGGCUCUGCACAGCUGAUUUCAAGUUGGCUUGUUCUUUUUAACAGUAAGCCUGACUUCUUUUUUCUUUUUUUUUUUUUUUGGAGGGAGAGGGAUUACAAAAGCAACUUAAAUGACUCGUUAUCCUACCUUACUACGGAUUAAUAUUCCUGUCUCAAUGCAGUGGCUGUUUGUGGGCCCUGCUCUGUGUCACAUAUUUCAUUUAAGCAUGAUAUGGUUAGUAUCCUCCAUCUGUCUGUUGUGCCAGAUCUGUGUUGCAUUCAAAGACUGCCUUUUGGUGGCUCUGCAAGCCUCUUUUGGUUAGCCAUGAAUGCUAACGCCAGAUGAUUACACUGUCAAGUUUGUAUAUAAAUAUUUUUGUAUGUAUGAUUUUUUGUUUUCCUACAGUGCAACAUGAUCAGAUUUAUUUCUUCUUGGGCGACUGGGCUGACAGAACCACAAUUAAAUGUUGUUGUUUGUUUUUCUGUUUUUAAUUAUUAUUUUUAUGCAGAAGGCGUGCAGUUACAAAUCAUGUAACAAACAGCCAGUCACUGGAUGAAUAUAUUUGUAUUUUUCAUACUGAGAUUACUGUGUUACUUUGCAGUUGAGGGGGGAGCAAGCACCUACUGAAAGCCUGUGGUAUCAUUUUAUUUUGUAACACUUCAAAGAGCAGUGUCCUAGAUUUCAAAGUAUUUAACAUGCUCAGUGUGAGAAAUUGCUAUAGCUCUUCAUUUUUUUCUAUAUGGUACAAAACACAAGAGUAGUUCUGUUCUUGACUUGAUGCAAUGAUUAAUUCAGCAGGGCAGUGUUAGCAUGGGGAAGGAGUUAGAGUAGAUACUUUACAAAUCCCUGGAGGUGAAUUAGGCUGUGCCCUUCUCACCUCCAAGGUUUUGCAUCUCCAUUGUGUAGUCCUUCUGAGCUGCUUCAGUAUUGUACAUACAUACAUACAAAUGACACUUUUAGGAUCCAGGGAGCUUCUGACUAUAAUGCUGUGCCGUUAAUGCUGUGCCCAGAAUCGGUACAAGAACUUCAGUAUCUGCUUUUCAACUCAGCAGUGAGAUGGAGCUUUUCUGCUGCAUCACUAAUGAUUAAUAUAUAUGCUGUGAAAACCUUCUUUCCACUGUAUGCCACUCUGGAGCCCACUUCUGUAUAACUGGAAUCUUCAAGUGACUUUGAACUGCUGUAGCUUUUGCCCUCCCCUGUAGAGCUGUGAUUUUGUUUUGUUUUGAUGCAUCAAAGUGUUAUGGCUUAAUGGAGCUGAGAAUCUGGCAAUGCUUGUAGCAAUGACCAUGUUACCCGGACCAAGGCGCGUCUCUGUGUGUUCGAACACCUUGUUGUUGAAGUGAAUGAAAAUAAAAGCCAGAACUGAAAAUGA